CCGCCUCACUAGCGGUAGGGCGGCCAUCUUGGACGAGGGGUGAGGCGGCUGGCAGGGAGGUGACGCUGCGGCCGUCAUAUUGAGUGAGGGCAGACUAGCAAGAUCUUUGCGGCGCAAUCACCGUUCCACCUUUCACGUCUCUGUGUGACCAGAGGGUAAACUUCUUGAACUUCAGAGUCUGCAGCCACCUAAUCCCCGGGGAGUCCCCAGGGCCUGUCUGCAUCGAGCUGAAACCUCAGUUUGUAAGCAUCAGGAUCUGCCAGAAUUCCCUCCUUCAAAGAGUAGGCUUCCAAUUCAAAUAUAUCCCCACCAUCCCUGUAGGAAAUGGCAGCUGUGAGGGGUCAAGUGAGUUGGAAUCAGACUCAUCUCAUGACCUUCAGCUCAGGCACCACCAGCUUGAUACUCCAGACUCCCUUUAUAUGGAUAAAAAUUGCUGCAAAGUCAAGAAUCUGAUAUUUCCAACAUCUAUUUUACGUGGGGAUGAACCGUGGCCUGGAAGAAUCUGUGCAGUGUAAUAGGAGCAUGGCGAGGAGGUCAGUCACUUACAGUGACAGGACUGCUGCCACAGAUCGCCCACCCAGCUGCUCUCUGCUGACAGCCCCUGCUGCCAUCCCAGUUGGUGAGCUUGUGUCGUUUGUGUUCCAACCUGACCCUCAACAUCCACGCAGACGCAGCAGGACCUGCGGCCACCAAGACCUGCGCCAAGCGAUUCCUUGUUCCUGGGAGCAGUGCCACGCGCCUGAAAUAAGAGGCUGUGCGAAGAGGAUAAAAAUGGACUCUAUGCCCAAGCUGAAGAUUUUUGUGAUGUUGCUAUCCCUGGCUUCUUUCACAGUCAUGGUGAUAAUGAAUGCUGGAAAUGCCACUGGGCUUUUCAAAGGUCUGUUCCGGACAACCCCUGGCAACAUCUCGGAGAAGUACAGCACUGACUUCACCCCGGCCGGCUGGACUUUCCUCAUCUGGAAUGUCAUCUAUGCCUGGCAGCUCGCGUGGCUCCUGUAUGCGCUGUCAGGGAUCUGUCGGAGAAACGAACUUGGAUGUGUCUACAUGAAGCCAGACUUUCUGCCAAUACCUUUUUAUGUGGCGUGGAUUCUGAAUAAUGGCCUCAAUGUUGGAUGGCUGUUUCUAUGGGACAGAGAAUACCUCCUCCCAGCCCUGCUGUUGCUGGCAGCCCUCACUUUUACUACAGGUGCUGCUCUCUUCAUCUCACACAGAGCCUUGAGUAUCCAUUCCACGUGGUUCAUGAAGGGUCACCAAGCUGAUCUCUGGCUCAUCCGGAUCCUAGUGCAGAAUGGGCUGGCGCUCUACGCCACAUGGACCACCAUUGCCACUCUGCUGAACUUUGCCGUUGUGUUGAUCUACAAGUGGGAUGUGUCCAACGAGACAGCAACCACUGCCUCUCUGAGCAUCCUUGCUCUCAUUCUCAUCAUGUGGUUUUGUCAGGAAAACUUCUUUCUUGAUAAAUACGUCCGUUAUAACCUCACGAUCUACCCAGUGGUCAUAAUAGCUCUGACUGGCAGCAUGUGCAAGGACUUCUCAGCCUCCUCCCCAACCACCAACGGCAUUUUUAUAGUGGUACUGCUGGCACUGACUUGUUUCAUCUUUGCUGUUCGGCUGGGGUUAGUCAUACGGAAACACAGUAACGAACAGCUGGAAGCACCAGCACCACCACAGCCAUCAAGCACAGUGGCCUGAGACCUCUGACCGAGUCAUCCUCUCCCCGGCUCCAUCCCCUUCUCACCCUUUAAAGGAAGUAAAGGAAAACAAUGUUUCCAGCUCCCAGCACUUGAACGUCCCUGCGUCAUGGCAUGCUGUGAGACGACAGAGUGCUUCCAGGGAUGGGGACAGCCCGUUCCUGCACCGUGCCUCUGCCAUCACCUCCUCCUGACUCCAUGGGAAGAGGAAGGGAAUGGUUAAGGCUUCUAGGGGAGGAGGACGCUGGACCAGAGCCCAGGAGUGAGGGAUGCUGCGAGUGCCCAUUGCUUGCCACUGGCUCUGCUGCGGCCACAAGACCAGUUAUUACUUCUUUCAGAGCAGCAGCCAUCAACUCACAGCACCCAAAAGAUGCAAUGAGAGUUACCCAUCUGCUGCCCAGCAUCAGUAGUGCAUGCCCAGUGCCUCCCACAUUCACACCAGUGUACCAGAGGAUCUUGGCCAGCUCUACUCAUCCUAAGGGAAAAUUCCUGCAGCCGGAUCCAGGCGUGGACACCGCACCUACGUUUCCUGCCCUCACCGAGGUCACAGCCUGGCUUUGCUAUGAGCACAGAGCCAGAAAAAUCCCUGUUUUGGCUUCCCCUGCACUUCACUUGUGCUGUUCCUGCAGCUUUUUGAAGUACCCCAAUCAGAUGUAUCCCCAUGCCCCAUUCCGAAGCAUCCCAGAUGGCAUUUUUGGUGGGCAGCUCGUCUUCCCUGGGCAACUGGCCGUACCCAAAGCAGGGCCAACACCCAGCCCCACAGAGCUGUUUGUCUCCCACGGCAGAGGUAGGGAGCCAGGGCGGAUCUGCCGCACUUGGCAGGCAUGGAUACCACACCUCAGCAUCCCAGUGACUCACAGGGCGCUCAACCAAGAGGCGGUUUAAAUUCUCCUCCCCUUUUCUUGCAACCAGGCAACAAGCUUUUAAAAAAACAGCAUGUUUUCUCCUAGCUUCCCUGCUGGGAAUGUCUCAUUUGCCGUGGCUGAGAGCCUUGCUGUGGUGGGUGUUGAUCUGGUCAUUGCACAGAAGAAGAGAGGUGAGUUUGGGUUCCAUCAAUGGACUUUGUGGACCAUCAUCAAGUCACAAAGACUGUGGAUACAUGGAUGAAUUAAGCUUGUCCUGAGUGGUUUCCUGGUCCUGAGGCCAGCUGGUGAUGUACCAGUGCUGUCAAAGUUUUCUGUGACCUAUUCAAGCUUCUUCCUCUGAGUGGUCCUCAGCUCAGACAUUUCCUAACCAUUCCUGGGCAAUAGCUGGCCUGGGACAAAAUGAUUCUGAGUCCCUAGCAGCUGUCCUUUUAUUGUCACGGAAGCAGCCAACACGCUUUAUGGCCAUCUAUCACCAGGCCAUUAGAGGUUUCUCCUUCCAUGGAGGAACAUUGCGUCUCCUUUGGGGCCAUGCAAGAAUUAAUGAAGCUGCCAGGGCCCCAGAUGGUGCAUGGUCGGGGCUGAGCAUUUGCUAGGAAGGUGGGCUGCUGGCUCCUGGUAGCAAGUCUGUGCUUUCACAGCUCUCUGAUUCAUUCCAGGCUGCAAUAAGCUGCCGCAACUCAAGUCUGCAGGCAUCAGACUAGGACAGAGUGUUCUCCAUGGAGUAAUAUUCAGAGCAAGGCUUUUUUCCUCACCAAUAUCAUGGUUACUUACUUCAGGGGAGCCCACAAAAGCCAAGGGGGUGCAGGAGGAGUUUUCUGGGGUGAGAGGAGAAAGCUGCAACAAAUGAAGUUCAGGGGUGAGAAAUGCAAAAUAACAUGCAACAGUAGGAGACGCUUUCAUCUUUCAGGUGGAAGCAGCAGGAUUUGAUGUCGGCUGCAUUAUUUUGGGAACAAGAUGUGGCUAUGAACUGGACUCCAAAAAGCAAAAGGAAAACAAAAACCAUUGGCAGUGUCCAGAGACAGACCUCAAGGGAGGGGUCAACACAAGUGGCUGGGGAGGUCCCAGGUGAAAAUCCCCCUGCAGCAACCACUCAACAAACCUUAUUCAGAUGGAGCCCACAGUGGUCUCCUUUCCUAUCUUCUUACUGUAGCUGCCAGCCUGAGACACUAUGUUAAUCACAUUUUUCAAGUGGGAGAGCCAAGGAAGCAGCAUUACCAUGUUACUACACAGCCAGUUCAUGUAGCUUAAAUCAGAGCUGCUAUGGGUCUUCUGACACAGAGCUCCCAGGGAGAAAGCAUGGUGGUUUUUUUCUGUAACAUACAGGGGAAAAAGAGCAGGGGAAAAAAGUGCUCUGGCUGCUUAAAAUGAAUGCAAACAAAAACAUA